UCAAAUAAAACACCUCCAACAACAAUUUUACAACACUCUGACAACUUUGGUUUUCCCUUCGUCACUACGGAUGUCAUGUGUCAGAUUCCUCAAAACUGCACCGCUACACAUGUCAGUCUCUUGACUCAGCCAGGCAGAGAAAAUGUAUUUAACCAGACUUGGCUUCCUAUCAGAAACCAGAAGACCAAAGGGAAGGAGGAGAAAAAGUUUCAGUUUAACUUCACAGUCUGCGUCUCCAACCUGUUUGGAGACUACAACAAUGUGCUUCAGUUUGCACAGACCCUGGAGAUGUACAGGUUGCUGGGUGUGAACAGGGUGGUGAUCUAUAACACCAGCUGUGGCCCAGACCUGGACCGCCUGCUGCAGAGCUACAGCCAGGAGGGCUUCGUGGAGAUGGUCCCCUGGCCCAUCGACCAGCAUCUGAAUCCAUCUCGGGGCUGGCUCUUCUCAGAGCAUGGAGGGGACGUACACUACUUUGGCCAGCUGGCCACGCUUAAUGAGUGCAUUUACAGAUCCAUGGACCGCUCACGCUACGUCCUGUUGAACGACAUCGACGAGAUCAUCAUGCCAUACCAACACAACAACCUGAUGUCUCUGAUGGACAUGCUCCAACAGCAGCAUCCAAAUACAGGAGUGUUCCUCAUUCAGACCCAUUUCUUCCCUAAGAAACAUUUUGAGCCAAGUGGGAGGUUUCACCUGCCUCAGUGGAACAAGGUGCCGGGCGUUAAUAUUCUGGAGCACAUCUACAGGGAGGAUCCCGACAGACACGAAUACAUGCCGCACAAGAUGAUAGUUCGGCCAAGGUUGGUGGAGCAGACUUCAGUGCAUGAUGUGCUCAAGACUUUGGGAGAAAGGUUCAUCGUGCCGAUGGACGUUUGUCGGAUCAUUCAUGUCCGCACAUCUAAGCGGGGGCCGUUAAUGCUGCAGCAGCUCAAUGAGGACAAACGACUGUGGGACUUCCAAGAAAAACUGAUUCCCAAUGUGGACAAAGUACUGAGGAGAGCGGGGCUGCUGAGCUCAGAGGGUCAGAGCUGAUGGAUGGAAUGGACAGACACAUAUAACACUAUAAUAACCUUGAUUUAUAAAUGGUAAAUUCAUAGUUAAUUGAACUUAGUUAAUAGUUAUUUUACUGUUAACAAAAAAUGAAUUAAUAAUUAAUGAUGUUUACUAAUUAAUAGUUAUGUUAUAAUUUCUGUUAUUGUACCAUUAGUUUGUGUGAUAUGAAAUAAUUAGUUUAUAAAUUGUAUAUUGUAUAAUAGCUGAUCAGAGACUAUAUCAAUUGCAUUCUGAUUACUUUAGUAAAGUGUUAAUUAACAGUUUAUUGUUGCAGACAUUAUAACAUUUUAUAUACUAUAUUAAAUAUUUGUUAGUGAUUACCAAAUGAUUUGUAAACCUUUAAGAAAUCAUUUGUAAAACAUCUAUAAACAUUACACAGAUAGACGGACCAGAAACCAAUAAUUAACCAUUGACAGAGUAUUAACUAGCUAUCUAAAUAAUGUUUAUAGACGCUUUACAAAGUAUUUAUUAACCAUUUAACAAGGUAUUAUAAUCAUCAGUUGCAACUUUCUAAAAGCCAUCCAAAUAAUGUUUUUAGACAUAAGAAAGUACAUAGACUCAAGUACGUUCCACUUUAUACCUUUACUCCUCUACGUUUCAGAAAGGCUCGUACUUUUUACUCCAUUUAUUUGACAGCUGUUUCAGUUACAAAUCAGAUUUUACAUAGAAAAUGCAUAGGUUUGUAACAUAUUGUUAUAUGUUGCAACAGUAAAUAUACUGUAUAUUGUUAAAGGAAUUACAUUUAGUCAUCCCUUUUUGUAGUCAAAAACAAUGUCAAUGUGUUUUUAAAUGUAUUUUUAAUCACCCGAUUCGACUGUUAUCAGGCCAUUAAACAUCAGUCGCUAAGCACCAUAGAUGUGGGUCAAAAGGGGCCUACUACGCCUACU